AUGAAGAGCACCCUGCCCCGCCCCCGGCCAACACACAAGGAGCCGUGCGGUGCAUUCACACGCAAAGAAGAAGAGCGGGCUUCGGAGUUCUCUGCCCCGAGGAAGGCACCGCUGGGGCCUCCUGGCUUUGCGGAGCGGGGGAGAAGGAAGGAGAGCCCUCUUGGUGUUGGGGAUGGGGCAGCUGCAGGGAUGGGCGGGGGCUUCCUCUCCUGGACUAGCGGCUGUGCAGCCUCCUUUCUCCGCCCUCCCAUGAGAGGAAAGGGUCUGGAGGACUGGGGAGCCACUUCCUGCCAGAGCGCCCCCCCUCCCCCCGGGAAGGCCGUCUUGGGGGGGGCUGGCAUCAGCCUCAAUCCUCAGUAUCGGGACCCAUUGGAAGAAGAAAAAGAGGCUCCUGCAGUGCCGUGGCAGAGGUUACUCCAUGGGGAGGUCAAGCAGGAGGGCGAUGGAGGUGCCCCUUCCCUGGGACUUGUGGUUGCCCCCGCUGACCUCCCCUCUUGCCUUGAAGAAAGGAAAGCCCUAUUUGUGCAGGACUCUCAGCAAGAAGUGAGAGCAGCAGAUGAUGGUGAAGGGAAGGAGCACAAGAAAGAACAACCGCACAGAAGGAAAAUCAAAGUACAGCAGAACCAGCAGAAGAAAUCUGUUUCGUUGGCUAGAGCAGAUGUCAGUGAAAUUGAACAUUCUGGCCGUGACGAAAUCCACACGGCGGAGAAACGGUAUAAAUGUUCAGAAUGUGGAAAGAGCCUCACAGCCAAGCAAUCACUAGUUUCCCAUCAAAGAAUCCAUACUGGAGAGAAACCAUAUAAAUGCUCAGAAUGUGGGAAGUGUUUCAGGCAAAGUUCACACCUUGUUUCCCAUCAAGGAAUUCACACAGGAGAGAAACCACAUAAAUGCUCAGAAUGUGGGAAGGCUUUCAGAAAAAGCUCACACCUUGUUUCCCAUCAUGGAAUUCACACAGGAGAGAAACCACAUAAAUGCUCAGAAUGUGGAAAGUGUUUCAGACAAAGGUCAGCCCUUUCUAGCCAUCAAACAAUCCACACCGGAGAGAAACCAUUUAAAUGCUUAGAGUGUGGAAAGACCUUCAGACAGAGUGGAAAACUUACUUCCCAUCAAAGAAUCCAUACAGGUGACAUUCCAUAUACAUGCUCAGAAUGUGGAAAGGCUUUCACGCAGAGUUCGAGACUUGUUACCCAUCUAAGAAUUCAUACUGGAGAGAAACCAUAUAAAUGCUCCAAAUGUGGAAAGAGUUUCACAGCCAGCUCAUCACUACUUUACCAUCAAAGAAUCCACACAGGGGAGAAGCCAUAUAGCUGUUCUGAGUGUGGAAAGAGCUUCAGAAUCAGCAAAUCUCUAGUUUUACAUACAAGAAUCCACACUGUGGAGAACCCAUAUAAAUGUUCAGAAUGUGGAAAGUUUUUUACACAGAGCUCAGCUCUUGCUAUCCACCGAAGAAUCCAUACUGGAGAGAAACCAUAUAAAUGCCCAGAAUGUGGAAAGAACUUCAAGACGAGUAAAGAACUUAAGUUCCAUCAAAGAAUCCACACAGGAGAGAAACCAUAUAAAUGCUCAAAAUGUGGAAAGAGCUUCACUUUCAGCUCGUCACUAGCUUACCAUCAAAGAAUUCACACUGGGGAGAAACCCUAUAAAUGUUCUGUAUGUCAAAAGGACUUCAGACAGAGCUCCGGCCUGGCUUCCCAUCAAAGAAUCCACACAGGGGAGCGUCCAUUUAAAUGCUCUGAAUGUGGAAAAGGCUUCAGUUUGAGCACACGCCUUAUUUACCAUCAAAGAAUCCACACAGAGGGGGAAACCAUUUAAAUGCUCAGAAUUUGGAAAAGCUUUCAUGUGCAAUUCAGACCUUGCUCGCAUCAAAUAGCAUCAAAGAAUCCAAACAGGAGAGAAACCAUAAAAAUGCUCAGAAUGUGGGAACAGCUUCAGAGCCAGCCUAAUUUUCCAUUAAAAAAUCCACACUUGGAAGAAUCUCUACAGUUGUUCUGAAUGUGGAAAGAGCUUCAUUUAUGGGUUAAGCCUUACUUUCCAUCAAAGAAUCCACUCAGUAAAGAAGGCAUAUAUAGCCACAGAAUGUGAAAAGAUCUUUGCAGUCAGCUCAUAAAUUGCUUCCCAUCUAAGAAUCCACGCAGGGGACAAACCUUCCUCACCUUUGACUGAAUGAAAGCUUGGUAGCCUCAGCAAUAUUGUCAUGGUUGUUUAGCGACCACCAAAAUGGCCACUGAGAACUUAAUCUUGUGAGACCUCAGUGGGCAUUAAUCUCUUAAAGCAACAGCCAUUGCUUUUAUUAUUUGGGUUGUUCUUAACCUCUCAGUAUAUUUUUUUGUUUAAAAAUUUCAGAUUUGUUGGCAAACCUCAGGCUUCUCACAAGUCUAUGGAAAAGUCCCCCAUCUGUUUCCAGACCCAUUAUGUUGAUUUUUUGAUUUGCACUAUAAGACUCUGGUUCAGAAUUAGAUAUCGUGAUAGAAUAGAUGGAUAAGAACAGUUUCAUGAACGGAAUUCUUUCAUGUGUGAAAGGAUAAGAAACAGGGAUUAUAAGGUAAAAAUUAAACAGUGUGCAGAAUCUCUGUUUAUGUAUGGUGGAGAUUAAAUUAUCCUAUUAUCCCCUUGUUAAACUAAGUUCUAAUGUACAGGCCAACAUAAUCAUGAACCUCUAAGACUUUUCAAAUGUGUGGGCCUUCCAGCCUGUAUGGUUAAGCCCCAAGCGUGCUCUCAAACUGACAAAGGAGAAAUAUUCCUGCAUUUUUACUGCCAAAAUUAUAUCAAUUAGAGUUUUUCUGAAUAGCA